AGACUGCAAUAAAUAGUAUAAACCCUUCUCUCACUUACUUUCCUCUUUCUCUCUCUAGGGAUUCGAAGGUUCAACAGGAACUCUUCGACGAAUAUGGCUUGAUUUCUCGGCGAAAUUCGCCGUCAUCGAACAAUCUCUCGUUUCCACUAACCGAUCCAGGUUUCUGAGCAAUGGAAGAUACUCAGUCAGUUUCGACACUUAUAGAUUCGACAACAUCAAAGAUACAACAACUUCAGAAAGCGUUUGCUGAGCUAGAGAGUCACCGAGCUGUAACUCUUAAUCUGAAAUGGAAACAGCUCGAGGAGCAUUUUCAUGGACUUGAGAAGUCUUUGAAGAGACGUUUUACUGAACUGGAGGAUCAGGAAAAGGAAUUUGAGAAUAGAACAGGGGAGGCGCAGGUGAUGUUAGAGAAACGUGAAGCGGCUGUUGUUGCGAAAGAACAAGCUUCGCUCGAGAGGCUACAAGAGAAAAGAGAUGCAGCGUACUCUAUUAUAGCUAACGCUAUACAGAAACGUAGGAAUGUUGUAGAUGCAGAUGGAGAUGAAGACCAAGGUGGGGAACUGGUUACGGAUGAGCAGCCAUUAGAAAAUCAUCUGGAAAACACGAAAAGCUCCUUUGUGAAUGUAAACAUGGGGGUAAAGUCUCAUCCCGAGCUAGUAAAAUUGUGUCAAGAGAUGGACUCUGAGGGACUGCACAAGUUCAUAUCGGAUAAUCGUAAGAAUCUUUCUGCCAUGAAGGAAGAUAUUCCAUUCGCUCUGAGAGCUGCAUCAGACCCGGCUUCACUGGUUUUGAACUCUCUCAAUGGUUUUUACUGCACAGACAGUUCGAGUGCGGAUGGUAAAAAAGAUGGAAAUUUACUAGGUAUCCGUAGGACUUGUAUUAUGCUGAUGGAAUGUCUUAGCAUUCUUCUUACUAGCCUGAACCCUAGUUCCGUCUCCAACCUGAUCUCUGAGGAUAUAAAGGAAAGAGCUAAGGGCAUUGCAAAAGAGUGGAAACCAAAGCUAGCUGAUCUUGAUAUGGAUGCCAACAAUGGCAGUGCUUUGGAGGCUCAUGCAUUCUUACAACUUCUGGCCACUUUCGGUAUAAACUCUGAUUUCGAUCAGGAAGAUUUAAUAAAGCUUGUACCUAUGGUUUCUCGUCGUCGACAAACAGCUGAUCUUUGUCGUUCGCUUGGCCUGUCGGAGAAAAUGCCAGGUGUAAUUAAUGUUUUGGUGCAAAGUGGAAGGCACAUAGAUGCUGUUAACUUGGCUUUUGCAUUUGAGCUUACUUCUCAAUUCUCACCAGUUUCAUUGCUGAAGUCUUACUUGAACGAGGCAAAAAAAGCCACUUCACCCGUCAAGGCUGGAAAUACGUCUCAUGUACAGAACGAUAUAAAUGAAAAGGAGCUGAUGGCGUUAAAGGGUGUGAUAAAAUGCAUCGAGGAACACAAAAUGGAACAACAAUAUCCUCUAGACCCACUAAAUAAACGAGUUGUUCAGCUAGAGAAGGCAAAGGAAGACAAAAAGAGAGGUACAGAAGUGGUUAAACCUCAGACCAAAAGACCUCGUGCAAGUGGAAAUGGAAUUGGAAUUGGACACGGGCCUCCUCGAAUGAUGACUAACAACAACAUGGCAGACAAGAACAACAACAAUUUCCAUCACCCUCGAAUGGUAACCGACAACAACAACAACAGGUACCAGCAGCAGCAGCAGCAGCAGCAACAAUAUAUGUACGAGAGGCCUUAUUUCUACCAUGGACCUCCUCCACCUGCGGAGAAUCACGUGACAAUGACAGCACAACCUGCUUACGGUUUACCAGCUGGACAUGGAAAUUUCUUCGGAAACGGGUUCCAGUAUCAGGCUGCUUAUCUUCACUAAAGCUUGGUAACAGAAAAAAGAAGAAUGAUAAUAAUAAUAAUAAUAGUGGUGAUGCUGUUAAUCUUUUGAUUUGAUGAUAUGAUAUGAAGAUGAUCAUGUUAACCUCUAGUGUUAACCCUACUCUGUUCUCUUUUCUCUUGUAUGCUUUUGUUCUAUGAUUGAAUUUUAGUACCAAGACUGAUGGAAUGGUGAUGAUGAUGAUGAUGAAGAAGAUGAAGAACUUUAAGGUUGGUUGGUUGGUUGUGUUACUUUAGUUGUCUGUCUGUCUACUACUGAAUUCUCUAAUUUGUUGUAUAAUCAUCUGACUUAUUCUGACACUGAUAAUAUGUGAACCACUUUUAAUAUAUUCACCUGUUCUUUGUUUGGUUUUCA